CCCUACAUGAUCACCAUCCCCGAUCCUCUCCUGGCAACAGUGCGUCUCCUCCUCCCCCUUCCCCAACUCCCACGCAUAUCUACUAACUCACCUCAGGCCAAGCAUCUCCGCACCGUGCCUCACCAUAUCUACACUCUCUACCUCUUCACCGCCGCCGACUUCCCCACCUUCGCCGUCCCAACCACCCUCUUCGCCCUCUUUGCUUCCCUCUCAGGCCCGCACCUGACCACGAACCCCCAGCCAGCCCUCCUACCCACGCUUACCCGCGUACCUCUAGCGCUCGCAGUAACAUGGGCCAACCUCCUCCUCUUCAACAUCUCGAACCAGCGCUCUCCCACUGCCGUCGAAGAGGAUAGAGUGAACAAGCCCGCCCGGCCCCUGCCUGCAGGGCGCCUGAGCUGCAAUUCGGCGCGUAGAUUGCUGCUCUAUCUCGCCCCGGCGGUCAUGCUUCUCUCAUGGGCGAUGGGCGUCUGGGAAGAGUGUCUUCUUCAGCUCGCCUUCACGUGGGUGUACAACGACCUGGGCGGAUGCGACGAGCACUGGCUCCUCCGCAACGCGCUGAUCGCGCUGGGGUACGGAUUUUACUCCUCUGCCGCGCUGCGGGUUAUGGCGGGUCCCGAGCACACAGUCACACCCCAGGGACUGCGCUGGAUCGGCGUGGUGACGGCGAUCAUGUUCGCAACCCAGCACAUUUGCGACAUCAAAGACGCGGCGGGGGAUGCACUGCGCGGGAGACAGAGCGCGCCGAUCGUGCUGGGGGAUACGGUCGUGAGGUGGAGCGUGGCGGUUCCUAUACUCCUGUCCUCGAACUUCUGCGCAUGGUACUUCGCGUCGGGGUUGCCGGCGUACGUCGCGACGCUGGGUUUGGGCUUGCUGGUGGCUUUCCGCAUACUGGCCUACCGUGACCUCAAGAGUGAUAAGAAAACUUGGAAGCUCUGGGCGCUCUGGACGGUGGGGCUCUUUGCGCUGCCGCUAGUUACAAAUCCUGCUGUUUUUGAACGGACGUGGGUGGACCUGCGGGUGGCGCUGUGGGAGGUGAAGUGUUUGCUGUGCGAGGGUGAGAGGUGCGAGAUGCUGGAUUUGGCGGCUGUGUCGGGAAUUGCCAUGGUGUUUGAGGGACGGAGGAUGUAUGCGCAGGGGUUGGGGGCUGCGGGGAAUGGGAGUGUGCCGGAAAUUGUUGUUGAGAGCGUGGUCAGGUCGACGUAA